UACAAGAAGAAUGAGUUAUCAUCGUGUCAGCUGCUUCUGUUGGUAAAUACCAGUCAUUCAUAAAAUCUGCUGCUGUCAUCGCUGCAGUGAGGAGAUGAUUUUUCGGCUUUCGUUUGGUAAACAUAAGGCCUGCCAAUUGUUAGAUUUUAUUGGUGUAUGUGGGGGGUUAUUGUGAAAAGAUUGUCUGAAACAACACUAGAUUUAUCCAACUAAUGUUCCAGCCAGAGAAGAGCAAGACGUCCCCCUGAAGAGAGAGAGAGUGAGUAGCUAUGGCUGAACAAGAAUUGUGUCCUCACCUGGACUCCAUAGGAGAGGUGACCAAGGAGGACCUCUUAGAGAAAUCCAAGGGAACUUGCCAGUCCUGUGGAGCCGGGGGCCCGAACCUGUGGGCCUGUCUGCAGAGUGACUGCCCAUAUGUUGGUUGUGGAGAAUCCUUCUCUGAUCACAGCACCCUGCAUGCACAGACUCAGAAGCACAACCUGACUGUGAACCUGACGACGUUCAGGAUCUGGUGUUAUGUGUGUGAGCGGGAGGUGUUUUUGGAGCACAGGCCGGCGCUGGUGCCGGCCUGUGCUGCUCCCCACCACUGUAAAGCCACAGAGCAGGAGGCAGCUCCUCAGCCAGUAGGUCACCCAGUAAAAGCAGUUCCAAUUGCUGUGGCAGAAGAAGAAGGUUCAGAGUCAGAGGAGGAUGAGCUUAAACCCAGAGGUUUGACAGGAAUGAAAAAUAUUGGCAACUCCUGCUACAUGAACGCAGCUCUUCAAGCUCUGUCCAACUGUCCUCCUCUCACUCAGUUCUUCCUGGACUGCAGUGGAUUGGUCCGGACCGAUAAGAAGCCUGCUCUCUGUAAGAGCUACCAGAAACUCAUCUCAGAACUUUGGCAUAAAAAACGGCCCAGCUAUGUCGUGCCUACCAGUCUGUCUCAUGGCAUCAAACUAGUAAACCCCAUGUUUCGUGGUUACGCUCAGCAGGACACUCAGGAGUUCCUGCGCUGUCUAAUGGACCAGCUACACGAAGAGCUGAAGGAGCCUCUGACAGAGUGCAGCAUGAGCGGGGAGGGUAGUGAUGGUGAGGAGAUAAGAGACGGAGAGCGCUCCCCAUCUGAGGAUGAAUUCCUAUCAUGUGACUCUGGCUCCAGCAGUGACCGAGGGGAGGGGGGAGGAGGGGGCGACGGCGAGCUGCUCCUGCAGGAUGAGUGUGACGGGGUCAGGUCGCCGGCAGGAGGGAUGGUGGGCGUCGGUACCGGAGGGGUGAUCUCGGAGAAGGAGAGGCUGAAGGAGAGGAGGGUGUCUGGCUCACCCCUCCGUGGAGGCUCGCAAGAGAUGGACGAGGACGCUGAUGUGGAUACAGCAGCGGAGGAAGGAGUUCCUGAGAGGGGAGAGGAAGAGGAGAGAGAGCCCACCACAAACAAUGAGGUCGAAAGCCAAGAGAACAACCAGUUAUCUGAUACUGGGCAAGGGCAAAGCAGCCAGAGCAGCAGCACCUCAGAGCCAGACAACGAAGUGUCAAUGAGCCAGCCCCAGUCCACUCCCUGCAGUCCUGUGCGAACCAUUCAGGAGCUGCAUCCCAAACUGUCCUCCAGUCCACCGCGCUCCAGCCCCCUCCGCUCGGCGGGACCGGCGUACGCCUUCAAAAAAGCUCAGCUGCUGCUCAGUGCCAGGAAGAAGAAGCAGUCUCACUUCCGCAGCGUGAUCUCGGACAUCUUCGACGGCUCCAUCCUCAGUCUGGUCCAGUGUUUAACCUGCGACAGGGUCUCCACUACAGUGGAAACCUUCCAGGACUUGUCCCUCCCUAUUCCCGGUAAAGAGGACCUGGCGAAGCUCCACUCCUCCAUACACCAGAACCUUCCCGUGAAGACGGGCGUGUGUCCCGACUCUUACGGCUCCCAGGGCUGGAUCACCUUCAUCAUGGACUCCAUACGCCGCACGACGGAGACGGUGAGAUCAGGUGUAUUCAGGCUAAGAGCCGCUCUUCGAACUUGCCAUCAAAGACCCUUUCAGGAGCCGAUCUCGCUGCAGGCCGCUUUGCUGUCGAGGGAAUUGAAUCAUUACAGGUUCGUAGUCUCAUGCAUCCCCACUUGGUUCUGGGGGCCCAUGGUGACCCUGGAGGACUGCCUCGCUGCCUUCUUUGCUGCAGAUGAACUCAAAGGAGACAACAUGUACAGCUGUGAGAGAUGUAAAAAGUUGAGAAACGGCGUCAAAUAUUGCAAAGUGCUUCGGCUUCCAGAGAUCCUGUGCAUUCACCUGAAACGCUUCCGGCACGAGGUCAUGUAUUCCUUCAAGAUCGGCAGCCACGUGUCCUUCCCGCUGGAGGGCCUCGACAUGCGGCCUUUCCUGGCUAAAGAGAGUCCGUCGCAAGUCACCACUUACGAUCUGCUUUCAGUCAUAUGUCACCACGGCACUGCAGGAAGUGGUCACUACAUAGCUUACUGUCAGAAUGUGAUUAACGGCCAGUGGUACGAGUUUGAUGACCAGUAUGUGACGGAGGUGCAUGAGACGGUGGUGCAGAACGCAGAGGCCUACGUGUUGUUCUAUAGGAAAAGUAGCGAGGAGUCGGUGAGAGAGAGGCAGAAGGUGGUGGCUCUGGCCAACAUGAAGGAGCCCAGCCUGCUGCAGUUCUACAUCUCCAGAGAAUGGCUGAACAAGUUCAACACAUUCACAGAACCUGGGCCCAUCAGCAACCACACGUUCCUCUGUCAGCACGGAGGGAUCCCUCCUAAUAAAUACAACUACAUAGAUGACUUGGUUGUGAUCGUGCCUCAGAACGUGUGGGAGUACCUUUACAACAGUUUUGGCGGCGGCCCGGCUGUGAACCACCUGUAUAUGUGCGCCAUCUGCCAGGUGGAGAUCGAAGCUCUGGCUAAACGCAGAAAAAUGGAAAUAGACACCUUCAUCAAGCUGAACAAAGAGUUUCAGGCUGAAGAGGCUCCGACGGUGAUCCUGUGCAUCAGCAUGCAGUGGUUCAGAGAGUGGGAGAGCUUCGUGAAGGGCAAAGACAACGAGGCACCCGGUCCCAUCGACAACAGUAAAAUUGGAGUUAUGAAAGGAGGGCACAUACAGCUGAAGCAAGGUGCAGACUACGGUCAGAUCUCAGAGGAGACGUGGCAGUACUUGUUGGGGAUUUACGGCGGAGGCCCUGAGAUCGCAGUGAGGCAGACCGUGGCCCCGGUUGACCCUGACAGCCUUCACGGGGAGAGGAAGAUCGAGGCAGAAACCAGAGCACUUUGAGAUAAAUACAGGUCUUCUGAUUCCCCUUUCCACGCCUGCCUUCGCAGGACGCUGAGGAAUUUGCACCUUGGUGAAGAAACCUCGUCGCGAGCACUUUGUAAAUGUAGCAACGUAUUAUUCUGAAGAGGGUGAAACGGUACUUAAAUAUCACAUAGUUUAUUUAUUGGACAACUGAUCCUCAAUGUUAGAAAGGUGUAAAAAACAAAAAAAGGUGUCACAUCUCUGCAGCUGUUUCUGGUAGCGUUGGUGUUUGUGGCUGCUGUAGUGACGAGGCGUCAGAUCCUGCAGGACCACAGCGCCAUGUUCGGGUUCAGGACUUUUCUCCUUCAUUGGAAGCGACGAACCAAGAGACGCUAACGAGCUUUCUGUUGUUUGCCUGUUUACUAGUUACAUAGCAACAAGUUCAGACACCAGGUGAGAGAUGUCACAUUAACUCUUGCACCUCCAACCUUAAAUACACAGUGUAACUGAGCCCUCAGGAAUGGAAAUAUUUUGUUUGGUUGAACCAGGGAAAUGAUCAGAUUAACGAACUUCAAAGGAACACCAUAGUAGGUUUGUGUCCAACCGCUAAACAAGCUUCAAAAGAACAUUUUCAGGGUGUAUUUUUCUUCAAAAGGCUUCAAAAUGCAUGUAACUGCUUUUCCUUUAUUUGGACUCAACAUCUUUUCUGUGCUCAAAAAUGAUGGAAAUAUUAAGUCGCUCCUGUGCAGCACUAAAGAUGAUUUAAAACUGAUUAGAGAAAGAGCACAUUUCUGAAAAGACAAAGUAAUUUAAGUCAAAUAUGGCAGGAGUGCAGGGAGAAGAGGACACAUUUGGCCAAAGGGGGAAUAAGAAAAUCUUAUUUUUCAGAAACAAAAACCUAAUUUCAGUUCUUUAGAAGAGAUGAGUCCAAAAUGACCAAUAAUGCAGUACCUGUUUAAACAGAGAGGGGGCACCAUGGAGUCAUUUAGAAAGAAAGAACCACUAACAGUUAGCACAACAUGUACAAAUCCAGAAGUUAUUUAAGAUUACUAUUUGAUCAAGUAUAUUUUCUUAUGUCCGCAUUAUAUAUUAACUGUGCGUGUUUCGUUUAUCAGAAAAACGAAGCUGCACCCACACGAUAAGCUAUUUGCCUGUAAAGAUAUUUGUGCUUUUGCAAAUUGCAUUUUAAUAUUGUAUGUAAAAACACGCUUCUUCACUAAUUAAGACACCGAAGCUUGUUUACAGCUCCACACACACACAGGAAGCGAUGGAUCCAAACAGUUUGUGUUGAGAUGUGUUGAGAUCUUUUUUUUUAUACUCGUGGAUCACUGAUUUAAUUUAACAACAACGUUUGAGACAAACAGCUCCAGAUACAAACCUCUGGCUUCUAUCCGGAGCAGCAAACACGCAGAGUCGCUCAGAACAUUUGUUUUAAUUUGAUCAUUAAUCUGAAAUAUCAAAAGUUACACAACAUUUUGUUUUGCAGAAGUGCCAGGAUAAAAUCUAUUGCAAGAAGCAGCGAGUCAGUCCAAGCGUAGAUAAAUAAACCACGUCCUCCUCGAUCUCAUUGUGAAUAAAUCACAUGCUUGCCUUUUUGUUACUGCACAGAUCUGCAAACUGCCAACACGUGAAGCAGUGAGCCUAGAGUUGUAACGAUGGGAAACAAUGUCGAGAGUAACUGUGCUUUUCUGUUAUAUUUAUAAUAAAUACCACUUUUAAAAGCCCAAACUAGGAAAAAAUGUUUUAUUUAUUUUUCUGUUAUUUUAUUUAUUUUUUAUUAAAUAGCACAAUUAAUUUAAAAUAUUUAUAAAAAUACAGAUAGUAUUAAAUGAGAUAUUCAGAUUUUUUUAUAGUCAAUUUACAUUUACUGUUUUGUUACAAAAAACUACCAGUGCACCAGUAAUAAAUAGUUUUUCAUCAAUAUUCACGAAGGCAGCAUCCGAACAAUGAGAUCUGAAUUAUAGAGAAGCAAAUUAUAUAAGUGAUAUUUAAAGAAUAUGACAAAGUGAUACUUGAUGAUCUGCAAUACAGUGCCUUGAAACACCCACAAUGCACUUGCACAGGGGUUUUAAAAUAAUUUGCAAGUGCAGACGGUUAAAGCUUCAACGAUUAAAAAAUAAUCGGCAACUAUUUUGAUGAUCGAUAAAUUGGUAGUAAUAAAGUUAUUUUUCAUGCAAAAAUGGCAGAAAAUGCAGUUUUCCCUCCCAAUUAUGGACAUUUCCUGCUUUUCUCUGUUAUUAUCUUUGUUUUAUUAUCUUUAUUUUAACAUUUAAAGACAUUUAACUUGGACUUGGAACCUGAGAUGGAUAUUUUAUAGACCAAACGAUUAAUUGAUUCAUCUAGAAAAUAAUAAAUUGUUGCUUUUCUACUAAGAUUCAAUGUUCGUUUCCUGCUGGCAACAUUUUUAGAUUCCAGGACAAGCGAGAAACUUAAUCUGAUCAAAGAGCAGCUUUAACAUUCCCCGAGCAAUACAUCCAACAAGGCAAGCAUUAAAAUUAAAACCUUUUUCACCGUAAAUAUUUUGACUUGUCAUAGCAGGAGAAGCAGGAGUAACAAGUACCCGCAGCCAUCCCUGUACAUUCAAUUAAAGUGCGACAGCUGCGAUUAAUUGCAGCGUGUUUGACUCUUUAAAACAUCUAUUUAAAAAACUAAAAUUCACAGUUAAACUUGAAAUAACAAGUUUUUUUUACUUAAAGACGUCGCAAACAAGUCGGGAACACAACACGGACAUGACUUGUUAGCAAACCGUUGCUUAUUUACACAUUCAGACGUUUUGGAGCAACAUUAUAAUUUAUUUGGAGUCGUGUUUCUGCCCGCCUGAGGAAAAGAAGUCCCUCUUUUAGCUCCGUUUUUGGUCUCUACCAACUCCUCAGGGACAUAUCUGGCUCUCUUUACUAAAUGCUCCACUAGUUUCACCAGCUAAUCGCUAACCGUGUCCGUCUACUCCGUGUGGUGCUGAGCAGGUAGUGUACAGAGCUGAGAAUUACGCUAUGAGAGCCGGGAGAGUGAACCAAAACAGUAAAAGCAAAACAGUACGGACAGCGAAAACUAUUACGCUUCCGUAAAGCCGAGAGGAGCUGCAGAUUCGGAGGUUAUUUCUCUGUAGGUUUAUCACCACAACCCUUUUCAUAGUAAUACAUUGUUAUCAAAAAAAAUAAAUGGAGAUCACCAAACCCAGAAGUGCGGUUGAGGCUGAAUAUACUGUGAUCAAAACCAUUUAAUACUUAACGGAGAAGAAGCCAUCUUUCAUUUGAUUGAAAUGUUCCCGCUAUGACAUGUCAAACGUCAUCUCGGUCCAUUAACUCCAUUCCACCGUGGCCUAAAGAAAUCCAUGUCUCCAUGUUUUGUUUGUUCGUGUGUCCAAAGAGCAAACUUUUCCAAGUAAUUUGUCUUAAAACUGUUUUGUAGUAUUUUUCUUCUUACACAUGUCCAGUCUGUGUCGAGCAGAGAUGAUACGGAUACUAUGGGGAUGCGUGUGUGCUAUGUUUAGAUUAUUUCGGGGGAGUAAGUGCAAUGAAAAAAAAAAAAAAAAAUCUUUGUGCAAUCUUAUCAUCAAAGAUCCACGAGAGUUCAAACACUUUGAACAGCUGUCAGUGAAGACUGAGGCGG